AGGAAAGAACCGGGCAAAGCCAUCGGCUUAGCUUGUUUCUUCAGUUGCUUCCCGACCGUUGAACCGGCGAAGCAGAUUCUCUUAGUUGUAAACUUUAGGACAUUUAGAGUUGUUCAGUGUGAUAAAAAUGAAGGCAUUAUUCGUGACUAUCUGUUGCGUUCUAGCAUCAGGUUGUUUGGCGCAAAGUGAUGUUUCCGUCAACGAAGAUCAACCUUUCCGAAAUCCCCGGGAUGUUGAUUUUGACUGGAAGUUAACAAAGCAAAUUUUCAAUAAACUAAAAACGAAUGCCAUAAUUUCACCCUUUUCUGUGAAAAUUUUGCUUACCCUGCUGUACGAAGCUUCAGGUGAUGCAGCUGUUAUCGGGCCGUCGAAUACGAAAUCGGAACUAGCAGCUGUUUUGGACAAAGAUAAGGACAUAAACAACACUCGUUUGAUGUACCGAAAGUUCUUGGACUCAGCUCUUCAGCAAACCGAAGAUUAUGAUCUCCAGUUAGCAACCAAAAUUUUCGUCGAUGAAUUCAUAGAAGUCAUCCAGAAGUAUCAGCAAAUCUCCGACCAUUUCUAUAAUGCUACUGUUGAUAAAGUUUCAUUCAAGAAUUCUAAAGCUGCUGCUGAUUACAUAAACAAGUGGGUAUCGGACACUACCAGGGGACGUAUCAAGGAAUUGGUGAAUGCUGAUGGCCUGAAGGAUGCCGUGGUAACCAUGGUUAACGCAAUCUACUUCAAGGGUCUUUGGACCUAUCCGUUCCCAGAAGGAGGACCUCGUCAGGCCUUCAACAUUGCGGGACGAAAAACAGUCGAUGCUGACUAUAUGGAGCAGAAUGGGCUCUUUUACUAUGACGACUCUGCCUCCUUGAAGGCUCAAUUGCUCCGUUUGCCCUACAAAGGAGGUAGAUUUUCGAUGUACUUCAUGUUGCCCCAUCAGGACAGUUCGGUUGAAGACGUUUUGAAUCGAAUUACUCCCAUCACAUUGCAUCAAGCGCUGUGGUACAUGGAUGAAACCGAAGUGAAUGUUACCAUUCCAAAGUUCAAAUUUGAUUUCUCAGAGGAAUUGAACCAGCCACUGAAGGAUAUCGGAAUCCGUGAGAUUUUCUCGCAAAACGCUUCUCUUCCUCUUUUGGCUCGCGGAAAAGGAACCAUGAACAUGCUUCGAGUAUCCAGAGUAUUCCAGAAGGCCGGCAUUGCCAUCAACGAAAGAGGCAGUGAAGCAUACGCAGCAACUGAAAUUCAACUGGUCAACAAAUUCGGAGGUGAUGGAACACAGAUAUUCAAUGCAAAUCGACCAUUCCUGUUUUUCAUUGAAGACGAUACUCAGGGAACACUGCUGUUUGCUGGAAAAGUCGAGGACCCUACCAAGUAAAAUCAACUCUCACCCGUUUUAAACUUCAAUUUUGACUCCUCCGUAAAGUGGUUCAUGAAAAUAAAAUUUAAAAAACAUA